UUAUAAAGGUUCAACAAACAUCACCCAGUUUAGUUUUCAAAUUCCAAGAGCAUAAUAUCAUACAUAAUAUGAGAUUUAAAAUUUGCUGUAGUUUUCUCCUUCUCAUCAUAACCACAUUCCUAUGUUAUGAAACCAUUGCCCAACCAGAUUUUACUCCACGAUGUGCUGAUGAUAAUGGCAACUACACAAAAAACAGCACAUAUCAACAAAACCUCAACACACUUUUAUCAACUCUAACUUCCAACACAGAAAUCACCUACGGUUUCUACAACUUCUCAUUCGGCGAAGACAACAACAAAGUAUACGCCAUAGGAUUAUGCAGAGGAGAUGUUAAUCCAAAUGAUUGCCGCAGUUGUCUUAACAAUUCAAGAGUUCUUCUAACACAAAAAUGUCCUAACCAAAAAGAAGCAAUUGGUUGGAUUGACAAAUGCAUGCUGCGUUACGCAAGUACGUCUAUUUUUGGACAGAUGGAAACGGAACCUGGAUUAUCUCUGUGGAAUCCGUUUAAUGCAACGGAUGUGGAUAAUUACAACAAAGUGUUGAACAAACUGUUGAAUGAUUUGAAAAAUCAAGCUGCAACUGGUGAUUCUUUGAAAAAAUAUGCUACAGCAAAUGUAACAGGUCCAAAUUUUCAAGAUAUAUAUAGUCUUAUGCAGUGUACACCUGAUGUAAGUUACUUGGAUUGCAAUCAAUGUUUGGUUCAAGCUAUAGCUAGUCUUCCAUCUUGUUGUGAAAAUAAGAUAGGUGGGAGAGUUAUUGGACCAAGUUGUAUUCUUAGAUAUGAAAGAUAUCUGUUCUAUGAACUUCCUGUGCACCCGCUGCCGCCACCACCUACUUCACCAUCUACCAAUCACAAAGGAAAGAAUCAUACAUCAAGAACUUCCAUCAUAAUAGCAAUCCCAAUUGUUAUUGUUGUUUUGGUUCUCUGUUUCAUCUGCAUCUAUCUACGACUACAAGUGAAGAAACCAAGGGAAAGUAUUAAAAUUCCUUCAGCAGAUGAUGAAGAAAUUACAACCUUUGAGUCAUUACAAUUACCCUUUGACACUUUAAAAGUUGCUACAAAUGACUUCUCAGAUUCUAAUAAACUUGGGGAAGGCGGAUUUGGAGCUGUAUAUCAGGGUAGGCUCUCUAAUGGACAAGCGAUCGCUGUUAAAAGGUUGUCCAUUAAUUCUGGCCAAGGAGAUAGAGAGUUUAAGAAUGAAGUGCUUUUAAUGGCCAAACUUCAACACCGGAAUUUAGUUAGACUACUUGGUUUUACUAUUGAAGGGAGAGAAAGACUACUUGUCUAUGAAUUUAUUCCCAAUAAAAGUCUUGACUACUUCAUAUUUGAUUCACUGAAGAAAGCACAAUUAAUUUGGGAAAAGCGCUACAAAAUCAUUCAAGGUAUUGCUCGAGGCGUUCUUUACCUUCAUGAGGAUUCUCGACUGCGUAUUAUACACCGCGAUCUCAAAGCAAGCAACAUUCUCCUAGACGAAGACAUGAAUGCUAAGAUUUCAGAUUUUGGCAUGGCAAGACUAAUUCUAUUGGAUCAAACCCAAGCAAAUACAAGUAGAGUUGUUGGAACCUACGGAUAUAUGGCACCUGAGUAUGUAAUGCAUGGAGAAUUUUCAGUGAAAUCAGAUGUCUUUAGUUUUGGUGUUCUGGUUCUUGAGAUUAUAAGUGGCCAAAAGAAUAGUUGCAUUCGUCACGGGGAAAAUACGGAGGAUCUAUUGAGCUUUGCAUGGAGAAGUUGGAGGGAAGGAACAGCUGCAAAUAUUAUUGAUUCAUCACUAUACAACAGUUCAAGAAAUGAAAUCAUGAGAUGCAUUCAUAUUGGUUUACUUUGCGUCCAAGACAACGUAACUAGAAGACCAACCAUGGCUAACAUUGUACUCAUGCUAAGUAGCUAUUCUCUCGCCCUCUCUAUACCUUCAGAACCUGCAUUUUUUAUGGAUAGUAGAACUAGAAGCCUUCAAGAGAUGAGGCUGUGGGAAGAGAAGUCAGGGACAACAAGAUCAAGUCAAUCCACAAGUAAAUCAGCUCCAGAAUCAGUAAAUGAGGCUUCAUUUACUGAUCCAUAUCCUCGUUAGAUUCUGAGUUUAUAUUAAUUAGUACCAUCAAUGUAUUGAACAAAAUACAAUGUCUUCAAACUCGUAAUUUUUCCUGCAAAGUCUUGCUUAAACAGACUACAUAUCCUGUGUGUAAUAUAACUAGUAUGGAUAACCUGUGUACUUGCAGAGAUGAUCGUCGAAAGAAUAUAUCAUACAUAUGUCAGUUACAAUUAUAAUCUG